AUGUCUGAGAUGAUCAAGAUCGCACAGAAGCUGGCUGAAGAAGGGCCAGCAACCCUCAAUACAAUCCAAGAUGCCAACGAAGCGGCUGAAGAAACACUAAGAACCCAUCGUGGAGAAAAGCCCUUGAACCCUGGCCAAUUUGGCCCCAAGCUGGAAAAGGCAAUCAAGAUUCUCACACCUGAGGAGGCAGCCGCCAUCGCUGAUUUCAACGCGGCCAUAAGCGAAAUCGACAAGGGCGUGCAGGGCCUCAGCGUGAAGCUCAACACCGGAAUAAUUCCAAUGGAGGAUUGGUGGCAGAGUACCAAGAACUACAUGAACCAAGGAAAAUGGGUGGACGCGGCGGAUAACAUUCAUGGCAUGUUGACUGCCGUGCCAGACUUUCGGGCAAAGGGAUACAACACUAAACCGUUUGCACUGAGUCUUCAACAUGUGCUUAAGGCUAUUUCGAAUUAG